UAUUAAUUUAAUGAAUGUGUGAAAAUGUAUUAAAUUAUACCAUAAACAGCAUAAAAGUGAUAGUAGAGAAUAUAAGUAAAACAUUAAUUGUUUUCAGGGAAAAUCAAAAAUCUAUGGAAGCUUGGAAGAGAUACUUACGAUAUGACGACAGUAAAGUUGUUGAUAUGUUUGUUGGACAGUUAAGAAGUAGUCUCAAAUGCACUGUAUGUGGAUAUAAUUCGGUGACCUUUGACCCUUUCUGGGACCUUUCGCUUCCAAUUCUUAAGUGUGGAAGUCGAGUCACCCUCCAGCAGUGUCUCGAAUUAUUUACAAAAGAAGAGAAACUUGAUGGGGAUGAAAAACCAUAUUGCUCGAAGUGCAAAACCAGGCAGACCUGUCUCAAGAACUUCACAAUUCACAAAUUUCCAAGUAUAUUAGUCCUCCUCUCUCAUUCUGCUUUAUACAAUCUAUAUGCCGUUUGCAAUCAUAGUGGAUCUACUUUCUCUGGCCAUUAUACUGCUUUCUGUCGUCAUCCAUACUCGGACGAGUGGCACGAGUUUAAUGACAGCAAGGUUUCCAAUAUAUCAACAAAUUGUGUGGUCUGUCCAGAAGCCUACAUUCUCUUUUAUGAAAUAUCACGGCAUUCAUCUCACUUGUAAAUAAAGAUGUUUCGUACCAUGUAUAUUGUUUUUGUAUGAUUGGAAAGCUUCUGAAUGAAACAGAAAUUUCAACUAUUGUGGAAUGAAAGAUAAAAAAAAAUACUAAGAUAGUGAAUAUAUGCAAUUAUGUUUUGUCUAACUAAGAUUUUUAUAAUAGUUUAAUUUUUGUCUCAGCUUAAGCAUACUAAUGAAAAUGUGUUACAUGUGACAAUAUUAGAUGUGAUUUAUUAUUCAUACUGGUAACUUUUUAUUUUUUAUGGAUUGUUUUAUUGAUAAUAAAUUAUAUCUUCGUUGUGUUAUAUCAUGAUUUUGAAAUUGCUAAAAAGUAUUCUUAAGACUCGGAAAAUAUUUGAACACCUAUUGAAAUAUUUAAUAUCAUGUUUUAAAUUUUCCAAAGCUUUGAGACUUAUAAGAAUGACUAAAUUUAAUUAUUCGUUAAAUAUUUUUGUUUCUCCUAGUUCUUAAAUUCUUGUUUGAUCAUAAUUAACCAUAUUUUUUAUAAUUAUACUGGUAGUCUUAUCGUAUUGUUGUAACAGUUUCUAUCGUUGGGCGUUUUUUUUUAAUUUUUCGGUAAAGUUAAUGCAAAGUCUAGUCCAUUUAUUUCGUCAAUACGUUGCCCCUCCAAAAUGAAACCCACUUUUGCCUGUUUUAAUUUUGUCCGAUUUUUAGCAUGUUGUACAGAAAAUAUAUCUUGAUAACACUGGAGUGUAAUUAUUUCUCUUACAGUUGUUUUCUUAUUCAAACCCAUCCAAGAAUUGAUACCUGAUACACUCAGGUCAAUUCCACCAGUCCCUCAGUGGCACAACGGUAUGUUUCGAUAUUCGUGGUGGGAAGAGCAAAGAUAGCCCAUUGUGUAGCUUCAAACAAACAUUUCUACCAUUUCCGAUAAAAUGCUCAUGGUCAGAAAUAUUAUUUUACAAAAACAGAAGGGAACGUUUUAAGGCCCAGCCGUUUCAUAAUCUUCGAUAAAAACUUCCCAUGAGUAUCAUUUAAAGACCUAAUUCCUAUUUGACAUCUUGUUUACCUUUAACACACUUAAAAGAAAUUAUUGAUAUUCAUUGUAACAUUAUAUAACAAUUUAUUAUUUUAAGCCUUUUGGAAUUACCAAUUUAUUUUCUAACCAAAUCCUUAAAUUUUCUGUAAAUCUUCCAUCCUACCAGUCCUGUACUUUAACUAAAUCGGCAAGCACAUUCCAGUCCCAGAUUUUCUAUGCUUUCGAAAACAAAUAACUUUAUGAUAAUGAUUAAUGAGAAAUUCCCUCACUAUCUAAACCAAUUGAUCGUCUUUCUUGUUACAAGCAAACAAAAGUUAAAAUAUAUUAGCGACAGAUAUGUGAAUGCUAACUGAACCCGCCUUUAUAGCCCUAACUCUUGUGUACACUUGUAAACCUAUUACUUUUAUUCCUCCCACCCUCAAAGCAAUAUUUACUCCUAUAUUGUUUCUUAUUCUCUUGUUUCCUUAAAUUCUUCUCCUAAUCUGCUAUUUCACCCUUUAAUAAAGCAAUUUCCCCCAAAUACUUGCCAAUGAAACGUACUCCAUUUUUUGACCAUCUGAAAGUCACAAUCAAGCCCUUAAUAUUCCAAAUUCACCCCAUCUUGGGAGCCAACGUAUCAAAUAUACCCCACUCUACUUAUUCUUGAAUUAACUCUUGUCAUAUUUGAUUUUGCUAGUAUUAAUUCUGUAUUAUCAAUAUCGCUACGUAAGUCCAGUCCAAUAAACAUGAAGCUAUUUGGAAGUUUAUUGACUAAUACUAAAUAUAAACAAACUUAUAACACCAAAUUGUUGUUUUUUAUUUAAUUGACAGUACAAAGCUUUGUGUUUUAGUGGAACGUUCUUGAAGAAGUUUUAAAGCAAAACGUUGAUUGUCUAAUUAAAUAAAACAACAAGUUGGUGUAUAAGAUAGUUUGUUUCUAGUAUUAAAAGUUCUCCUAUACACUAAUAUGCACUAUAGAAAUUAAAUAAUUUAUUGAAUAACAUCUAGAUGAAUUUAUCUUUCACUAAAACCCCCAUGUUAAUAAAUGUAAUCGUUAGGUCCAGUUACACACAUCUAACUGAUAUCCUUAAAUAAUUUACUAAAACACAGUGUUUAAAUUAUUAGCAGAUGACAACUUAUAUAUUUACCUAACGUUACUGCUUGAGAUAAUCCUUUAUUACAAUAUAAUAUUCUAAUAAAAUAAAAGUUUUAUUUGGCCUGUUCAUCGUGGAAAGAAUGUAUUUUGUAGUCAUAGGUUAAAGUUGCACUAAUUCGAAUAUAAAACAUGAAAAGCCCCAACAGGAGAAUCUAACAGAGGAACUUGAUAAGUUUAUAAACCAAACCACUAAGUUACUGUUUUUUUUUCACGUUAUAGUUCAUAAACAAUUAUUAGAAUCAUUUAUGUUUUAUUUUCUUGAAAGUUUUCUUCAGUGAAUGUUUUUAUGAUUAACGGUUGAAACUGAUCUA